AAAAAAAAACAGUAUAGAACUUCCUUCUGUACAAAGGUCAGUAAAUAUAACAAGCUGCCUGAGAUCUCUUGGUCAGCAGCAUGGGUCGGCUUGAUGGGAAGAUCAUACUGCUGUCGGCAGCAGCACAGGGGAUUGGACGAGCAGCUGCUAUAGCUUUUGCUAAAGAAGGAGCUGAAGUUAUUGCUACAGACAUCAAUGAGUCUAAGCUGCAAGAACUGGAGAAAUAUCCAGGCAUUCAAAUACGGGUUCUGGAUGUCACCAAAAAGGAGCAGAUAGAAAAUCUGGCCAAGGAGAUUGAAAAGAUCGAUGUCCUCUGUAACGUUGCAGGGUUUGUUCAUCAUGGAACCAUUCUGGAGUGCGAGGAGGAAGACUGGAACUUCACUAUGAACCUCAAUGUUCGCAGCAUGUAUCUAAUGAUCAAGACAUUCCUUCCUAAGAUGCUUAAACAGAAAUCUGGAAAUAUUAUAAAUAUGUCUUCCGUGGCAUCCAGCAUUAAAGGAGUUGUGAACAGAUGUGUAUAUAGUACUUCAAAGGCAGCAGUUAUUGGUCUAACAAAGUCUGUGGCUGCUGAUUUCAUUGAACAAGGCAUCCGAUGCAACUGCAUAUGUCCUGGAACUGUUGACACACCAUCUUUACAGGAAAGAAUCCAAGCUCGGCCUAACCCAGAACAGGCUUUGAAAGACUUUCUAGCCAGGCAGAAGACUGGUAGGAUGGCCACUGCUGAAGAAGUGGCCCAUCUCUUUGUGUACUUGGCCUCUGAUGAAUCUGCCUAUGUGACUGGUAAUGAACUAAUCAUCGAUGGAGGAUGGAGCUUGUGAUUGACCCUACCUGCAAAUGGAAACUCAUACUAUGAAAGGCAAAAAGUGAGGCUUAUAUUUCGUGGUUAAGAUAGGUUGCAAAGAUUUAGACUGCUCACACGAUGUCUUUCAAAACAAACUUGGUGCAUUUCUGCUGCUCUAUGAUCUCUUUAUAGGUUGAUCUUACUGAUUCACUUUCCCCUAAAUAGUGAAAUGCUGGAGUAAAACAUACUUCAUGUGGCUUCCUUUUGUGAUAACUCAAAAAAACAUGAGAAAAUAGCAAUUUAACAUUUAAGAUUUCCAAGAACAUUGUUUAAGGUACAAAAUCUGAGUUGUGUUUUAAGCAAACCUGAGUGAAAGGAAUUAAAUACUACCUUUUAUUCUCAUCCUACAAAGUAUUUGGAAGCUGAAGAUUAGGUUUCGUACUAGCAUUGACCGACUAGAGAAAAUGUUGCAACUACUAUUCAAUCAGCCAAACGGAUCCUGAACUAAGUGUGGUUUAAAAAGAAGAAAGCAGAAAUAAUAGCAAAUUUGAAGAUUUGAACGUUCUGUACUGUCAUUAGCAGAAUGUUUUUCUACAGCUCUGCAGUUCUAAAAUAAUCUGAAUUGUUGAAAAAAUACUUCCCAAGCCUAACAACACUUGCAGACCCAAAAUGGUUUGUGCAAAACAGUCAAGCACACUGAAGAUACAUGGUGUAUGGGCACAUGAAACUUCCUGUGCAUAUAGCAAAGAGUCAGUGUACGUGCGCAGCUGGCUUGUGCAACUGCAGUGUUCAGUUUCCAGAUCCUGGGCAAGUUAGGCUGUUAGAAUCUGGGGAAAGCAAUAAUCAUAGCACGAAAGGCAGGGCAACAGAUUACCAUUAAAAGCAGCAGGACUGGCCACUUUGUGGAGUUUGGGAGUUUUGUUUAAGCAUAUAAUGAUAAUAAACACUGCCUUCAUGAAGAAGAAAUGAUGGAGAGGAACCUGCUCUAGUGGUCAUUUAGACUAAAGCUUACAGCUUGUAGAAAGUAUAGAGAAUCACAUGCCCUUUUACAACCAGUUAGAAAAUUAGUACUUCAGUACAAAAGAGGGGAGAAGGAGGCCAGAACUGUUUCAUUAAUUGUAUAGAUCACUCCUAAAAUGGUCUUGGAAUUAUCAUUACUAUAUUUUUUUCCCCUUCCACAUACAAAAAGUAUUAUGCAAGGACAUCACUCUGGUAGGCAUGGAUGGCAGUAUUUGUGCAAGAAGUAUUCUUAAAUACGCAGGCGGAUCUUCAUUAAUACACUUGACUUCUGGCACACAAGCAAAAGGAGCGAUUUUACCACUCUAGAUAGAGCAAAUAUAUUCUUCUCCAAGAGGAUGUACUAAUACCAGACAAAUAUUGUCAAAUCUGUAUGCUAGGUGAUAGGCUUUAGUAUUCUAUUGCUUGAUUCUCAAAUACCAAUACAGUUCAUGCUAAAACAAAAGGUUACAUUUCUCUGAAAGGGACAGUUUCUACAAGAGUUUGUGUGGCUCUUUUUAUAGUGAUAGCACAUGGUAGCUGUGUUUUAUGAAUCAGAAGCCCAUUAUCGUGAAGUCUCAUACUCUGGAAGAAAACAUACAUCCUAACCCAGAGAUUUAAGGCAAUGAAUUUAGACUAUUUGUUUUGCUAACAUACUGUUAAAUUUGACAUGAAUGACACGGGCUGACUGCUUAUAAAUAUGGUUACCUUAAAAAAUUGCAUGGAGCUCCACUUACCUAGUUUGUGAAUGAAGCUGUAUGUAACUUCAUAUAUAUUAAAUGCAUAUAUAUGCAGGGGGAGGAAUCAAAGAAUAAAUGCUACUAAAUAUGUUUGGUCAGUAAUCAGAAAGCACAGGAAAAAAUGUACAAUAUUUUGUCCAUGUUUCUGUAACACCUGCAUGUUUUUAAAAUUACUGCUUGAGCUUUUCAAUAUUAGCUGAAUCAUUAAUAGAAAUUAUUUGAUCUCAAAGAUAAUGGAACAUGUGUAGUUAAAAUCAGGCUUCUUAUUUGUAAAAGUUACACUUAUUUAUAACUUUAGAAUGAGGAAGUGUUUCUCAGCCUCACUAUGGGUUUAACUUUUUACCUUUAAUUGUGGUCGCAGCAUUCUGAUCUUGUGUAGUUUGUUUAUGGGGUUUUGAGUAUCUAGUAUUUCAAUAAAGUGACCCUGGCAGCCAAGCAG